AAGGCAGGGCCUAACCAAGAAGGGGCUUUUUCCUGGGAGGUAAAGGGUUCUGAGGAGAUUGUGGUGAGGCAGUGUCAGAGGAAGGUGACGCGGAAGGGAAGUACUAACCCGAACGAAGGAACGAAGGAACAAAGGGACGCUGUGGUAAAGGACCCUGUGUUCAUCAAACUUUCAUGGAUCGCUGGGUGCCCUGAGGUGCACCUGGAAUCUACUUGGUGAGUACAGCUCUCAAACGGAAGUGCCGCCUACAGGAUUCCUGUCUAGUGCAGGGAGACUAUAGUCAUGGCUUCCAAAAUCAAGGGCAGACCUCCCAAGCAACCAAAGGUGACUCCUGCUCUGCCAUCUGACGAUUCACAGCAGCUUCAUGAAAAUAACCCAGGAAACAAUCUGGCCCUUGAAACUUGUGGGGAAAGCAGUUCUUCCCAUGGAACAGGUGGACCAAAGCCAGGGCCCAGUAAGAAAACUCUAAAUGAAAGGAAGAGAAAGUAUGGGGUGAGUGUAAAUAAAACUGUCCAAAACAUUGAGUGGAAUGUUGACCACUUCUUGAAAGUCCAGCAUGAGCGAAGGCAGGAACUUUAUAAGGACUAUUCUCAUCAGUUUUUGACUUUGGUUAUGAUGUGGAAUAUAGAUGUAGACCAAAUCAAGAAACAGGCUGGAAAACUCUCUGAUAUACUUGAUGAGCAACAAAAGCUUUUUCAACAAUUUCAAAGUAUUCAUAUGCAGAAAAUAGAAGAAUUUAAGGAGUUAUGUGAUCGACACUUGAAGAAUCUACAGGCCAUUAAGUGUUGUCGCCGAAAAGCUAUUAUUGAGGAAGCCAGAAAACUAAUGGACUACUUGGAAAAGACAGUUACUGAAGAAACUGUUCACGUAAACAAGCAGGAAGCAAAGGAUGGUGUUCAAUCAUCACUUCUAUCCCUGCUAAUCUCGUAACACCUGGAAGAAAGAAGCUCAACCACCAUGAAAUGACUUGAUGAUAUUUUCUAAAUCUAUGGUGACAUGACACUGUUAUUGUAGUGAUUAUCAAUUCCUUGUUCACAUCUCUGAGGCAUCAGAAAAACUUUACUGAGAAUGUUUUGUUUGUGGAAUUUAUCGCACAUGUAGUAUGGGAUCAUCAGGGAUAUUAUAUAUGAGGUCUCGUGUACAGUUAAAGCUCGCGUCCUGUGAUUUCCUGUAUGGAUACCCUGGGAAAUCCUUACUUGGGAACGUUUGAUUUAAUAAACAUGAAAUAGUUUCAGA